GUGGCCGCCCAGGGCCAUGGCGGCGCUCGGCGUCUUCUUCCUGGUGCUGCUCCAAGCGGCGUCCUGGCCGCCGGCCUCGGCCUCGGGCGAGGAGUUCUGGCCCGGCCAGUCGGCGGCCGACAUCCUGUCGGGGGCGGCGUCCCGCAGACGGUAUCUCCUGUAUGACGUCAACCCCCCAGAGGGCUUCAACCUCCGCAGGGAUGUCUACAUCCGCGUCGCCUCCCUCCUGAAGACACUGCUUAAGACUGAGGAGUGGGUGCUGGUGCUGCCUCCAUGGGGCCGCCUCUAUCACUGGCAGAGCCCUGACAUUCACCAGGUCCGGAUUCCGUGGGCCGACUUUUUUGACCUUCCGAGUCUCAACAGAAACAUCCCGGUCAUUGAGUACGAGCAGUUCAUUGCAGAAUCAGGCGGGCCCUUCAUCGACCAGGUUUAUGUCCUGCAGAGUUACGCGGAGGGCUGGAAAGAGGGGGCCUGGGAGGAGAAGGUGGACGAGCGGCCGUGCCUGGACCCGCUGCUGUACGCCCCGGACAAGCACCAGUACUACAGAGGAUGGUUUUGGGGUUAUGAAGAAACGAGAGCUUUAAACGUCUCCUGUUUGUCCGUGCAAGGAUCCGCUUCCAUCAUGGCACCUGUACUGCUGAGAAACACGUCGGCGAGGUCGGUGAUGUUGGACAGAGCCGAGAACCUCCUGCACGACCACUACGGGGGGAAGGAGUACUGGAACACCCGGCGGAGCAUGGUGUUCGCCAAGCACCUGCGGGCCGUGGGAGACGAGUUCAGAAGCAAGUACCUGAACUCCACGGACGAGGCCGACAGGAUCCCCUUCGAGGAGGACUGGACCAAGAUGAAGGUCACGCUGGGCUCCUCGCUGGGGGGCCCAUACCUCGCAGUUCACCUGAGGAGAAAGGAUUUCAUCUGGGGCCACCGAGAGGACGUGCCCAGUCUGGAUGGGGCCGUGAAGAAGAUCCGCAGCCUCAUGAAGACCCACCAGCUGGACAAGGUGUUCGUGGCCACGGACGCCAUCGGGACGGAGCAUGCGGAGCUGAGGAAGCUGUUGCCCGAGAUGGUGAGGUUCGAGCCCACGUGGGAGGAGCUGGAGCUCUACAGGGACGGCGGUGUGGCCAUCAUCGACCAGUGGGUCUGCGCGCACGCCAGGUUCUUCAUCGGUACCUCGGUCUCUACAUUUUCUUUCCGGAUUCACGAGGAGAGAGAGAUCCUCGGGCUCGACCCCCGGACAACGUACAACCGCUUCUGCGGGGACCGGGAGGUAGCAUGUGAGCAGCCCACGCACUGGAGGGUCGCCUACUGAGC